CAGCUUUAGAGUAGAGACCAGAUGUGACCCCUGAUGCUAUCUUUUCAUCUUUCUUUGUUUCUUCCAAAAGACAAUCAUGACAGGAACUUAUCGGAGAUCGAAAGCGCGGGAGAAGACGCAGAGAGUUUUGGAGGUGAUGAAGCAAUCUCCAACAUGACAACAAGAAUGUCACGAGCAAGUAUUGGUGGUCACUCUGGUGGCUUCCUUCGAGGAAUCGGGAAUCAACAGCAGCAUCAACAUCACGUAAGUUUUGAUCCAGAGGCGCCAGAGCCACCAUCAGCAUCUCCAAUGUCUCAACAUCAGACACGUAACUUUCUAGAGAAACCAGAGGUUGAUAAAAAGGUCAAGAGGCAUAGCAUUCAUGGAAUGAUGGAGGAAGAGAACGUAGUAAGACCACAUCAAGAAAUGGCAAGUCUUUCUUUAGCAGAAAAAAAAUAUCUAUUGGCAGUUGAACGUGGUGAUGUUGCUUCAGUUAGAAGAAUGCUACAGAGAGCUCAAGAAGAUGAAUGGAUCAAUAUUAAUUGCGUGGAUCCCCUAGGAAGAUCAGCUUUACUUAUGGCUAUUGAUAAUGAAAAUUUAGAGAUGGUAGAACUCUUGAUUGAGUACAAAGUAGAUACAAAAGAUGCACUACUUCAUGCUAUCUCUGAGGAAUUUGUCGAAGCUGUAGAAGUACUUCUUGAACACGAAGAGACACUUCAUAGAAAUGGCGAGCCUCAUAGUUGGGAAGCACUUCAUCCAGACACAGCCACGUUUACACCAGACAUCACACCUCUGAUACUUUCUGCACACCGGGAUAAUUAUGAAAUUAUAAAAAUUCUUCUAGACCGUGGAUCUGUAUUACCAAUGCCUCAUGAUGUUCGUUGUGGGUGUGACGAAUGUGUAACAUCCCGAAUGGAAGACUCUUUAAGACACUCAAGAAGUCGUAUCAACGCAUAUAGAGCACUUGCUUCUCCAUCCUUAAUUGCUUUGUCUUCCAAAGAUCCUAUUUUAACGGCCUUUGAGCUCUCAUGGGAGCUUAGACGAUUAUCAUUUCUUGAGCAUGAAUUUAAAUGUGAAUAUCAGGAACUUAGAAGACAAUGCCAGGAUUUUGCUACAGCACUUUUAGAUCAUACUAGAAGUUCAUAUGAACUUGAAGUACUUCUCAACCAUGACCCAACAAGACCAGCAUUUAAACAUGGAGAAAGAAUGCAUCUGAAUCGUUUAAAACUCGCUAUUAAACUUAGACAAAAAAAGUUCGUUGCUCAUCCGAAUGUUCAACAGCUUUUAGCUUCAAUCUGGUAUGAAGGUCUUCCUGGAUUUCGAAGAAAAAAUAUGCUUCUGCAAGCCUCUGAUAUCGUUCGCAUUGGAAUUUUAUUUCCAUUCUUCAGUAUUGCAUACAUAAUAGCUCCUCACAGUGUUUUUGGUCAAACAAUGCGAAAACCGUUUAUUAAAUUCAUCUGCCAUUCAGCUUCGUACUUUACAUUUUUAUUUAUGCUUAUCCUGGCUAGUCAGAGGAUAGAAAGCGUUAUAGGAUUAUGGAUGGGUCAAGAUAUCUCUCAACACGAGCCAACACCGACAAAGCGAGGAGCAGCACCCACUUUAGUAGAAUGGUGUAUUUUAGCAUGGGUAUCAGGUCUUAUCUGGUCUGAAGUGAAACAACUAUGGGAUGUAGGUCUUGAGGAAUACAUCCAUGACAUGUGGAAUGUCAUUGACUUUGUCACUAACUCACUCUAUGUAGCAACUGUAGCAUUAAGAGUCGUAGCUUAUUACAGAGUGCAGAAAGAGAAUGAAGGACAAAUGCCUGGAUCAAUUGUAGAACUUCAAAGAGAACAAUGGGAUACUUGGGAUCCAAUGCUAAUUUCUGAAGGUCUUUUUUCAGCUGCUAAUAUUUUUAGUUCUCUUAAAUUGGUUUACAUCUUUUCUGUAAACCCUCAUUUGGGCCCUCUACAAGUUUCAUUAUCGAGAAUGGUGAUGGAUAUUAUGAAAUUUUUUUUCCUUUUUGUUCUCGUGCUGUUCGCUUUCUCCUGUGGAUUAAAUCAAUUACUUUGGUACUAUGCUGAUAUGGAAAAAAAGAGAUGUCCAUCAGCGUCAUUAUCUGGUGUUAAUAAUAACAAUAAUAAUAAUAACAAUAAUAUGACAACUGACUCUAAUGCUUGUAUUGUGUGGAGAAGAUUUGCUAACUUGUUUGAAACAAUUCAAACACUUUUUUGGGCAGUUUUUGGCCUGAUAGAUCUCGAAAGUUUCGAAUUAGAUGGUAUUAAAGUAUUUACACGAUUUUGGGGAAUGUUGAUGUUUGGAACUUAUUCUGUUAUAAAUAUAGUAGUACUGCUGAAUCUUCUUAUUGCAAUGAUGAAUCACUCUUAUCAACUAAUAUCCGAACGUGCUGAUAUUGAAUGGAAAUUCGCAAGAAGUAAAUUGUGGAUUAGUUACUUUGAAGAGGGAGGAACUGUUCCACCGCCAUUCAAUAUCAUUCCAACUCCUAAAAGCAUGUGGUAUAUAGGUCAAUGGAUCUACAGAAAAUUUUGUGGACACAGUAAAGCCGCAAAAAAGGAACAUAUGAGAACUAUAAGGAAAAAAGCAAAACAAGCUUCUGAACGUGACUUCAGGUAUCAAAGUAUAAUGAGGAAUCUAGUACGGAGAUAUGUAACAGUGGAACAAAGAAAAACAGAAGGUGAAGGUGUUACUGAGGAUGAUGUUAAUGAAAUCAAGCAAGAUAUUAGUGCCUUCCGAUGUGAACUAAUUGAAAUCCUUAAGAAGUCUGGAAUGAACACUUCUACAUCCUCUGGAACCGGUACCGGAGCUGGUGGUAAAAAAAAUCGUCAAAAGGAACGACGUUUAAUGAAAGGAUUUAAUAUCGCACCACAACCAGGUGGAAGUGGCAGUUUACCUCCAGUUGCUGAAAUUAUAGCAUCACUUCAACAAGUACGCGAUGAAGAUUCAACCCAAAAUGAUUUGUUUGGAAGUACUUUGAGCAGUAUAUUUGGUACAGUUACGACUCCAAAAAAAAAUCCUCAUCAUAUUAGUACAAAUAGUGUCCCCGGAUUAACAAGUUGUCGACAAAAUCGUCAUAUACGAAAUGGAUCCAGAAAACGACGAUGGGGAACUUUAAUUGAAGCUGCUAAAGCUCGAUCCAGACUUAUAGAAUCAUACGCCUUUGGAUCUACAGGACGAUCCAGAUCAGAAGAUUCAAUGUACCCUCCAGCUUCAGAAGAUGGUGGGUUUCGUUCCGAAGGUUCUUCAGAUUCUAAAUCUUCUCUUGAUGUACCUUCACAAAUCCAAGUUUCUAAUAAUCAAGAGAACGCACAAAAUCAAAAUUCGCACAACAAUAAUGAACGAAAUCAUGAUAUUCAUCAUGUAUUUAGUCAUGGUUUAGGACCAGCUUUGGCUGCACUUAGGAAAAAACGUAAAAAGUUUUCUGCAUCACGUGCAUCAACUCCAGUAAUGACUAGCGAAAAUGCUAGUACGGUCGAAAGUAUUUCAGGUUUUCCAAUGAGUAAUUCUCCAGCUUCAUCAGUUGUUGGUGCAUCAAUUGUUGCAGUAAAAAAUCAGUUACAUCGAGCUAGUAGUGUUCCUACCAGAAGUCCAGAUCUCUCAGGGAAUCAAAGUGCUCAUUCAAGACAUCAUAAUGUUACUCAAAGUCAACAACCUAGUUUAGAAACUACAGAAAUUGGUAGUGUCAGUGAACACAUAGGGAUGGAUGAUGUCCGGAUUGAUGUUGAACCUCUCAGUCCCUCAACAACAGAAGAAAGUUUUAUAGGUCAGUCAGCAACUUCUAGAGAUGGUAUUCUACCAAUUCAAAGUCUCACAACAAGUGUAAAAAGGAAUGGAUCAGCUACACAAUUGCAAAGACUUCCAGGCAUUGAGACAAUUCGUGAUGUCACCUCUGGCUGGCUCUGAGGAUAUUGACAAUUGUCUUGGUGCCUUGUUAAAGAUAUUCAAAAAUAAAUAAAGAAAAUUUCAUAAAAAUAAUUAGAAGCGCGCAGGCGCCAUUUCUUUUUUUAAUAAUCUUGAUUAUAAUUACCAACUAAUUCAUUAAAAACUGAUUAAGUAUGUUGUAUUAUGAGUUAUGUCAAUUAUAUAAAAAAGGGUGUGAAUAUAUUUUUUCACCUGUAGGUUAUUUUUAAUGAUCUUCAAUGAUCGUUAUAAAGUGAUGACAUCAUCACCAUCAGUUACUGCCAGUUGUAUUGAAUAAAGAGUUAUAAGAACAUAACUUGAUAACAUCAUCAUUAUCAUCGAUAAUUUUAUUAAAUUGUUUAUAUUGAUUUUUCUUCUCAAUAUAAAUUGUAAUUUAAUUGCUUUUUAUACAAAAAAGUAAAUGAAACACAGCAUGAGAAUGUGAUUGUAAUAGAGAAGAACUUGUUUAAAUUGUCUGAUUAACUUUGUUGUUUUUUUU